GGUUAGUACUGAACUUUGCCCGUUUGCGUCUCGUGCGGAGUUCACUACACUACUGUCGGUACUUUUUGAUCAGAUUCCCCACACGCGGGGCUACUCGGCUCUCGGCUUAAGCCUUAGAUCGACUGGACAUCUCCACUUCAUCCCAUCAUCACUAUAUUCACAGUCCCCUCAAGUGUCUCCCCUUUAAACAUUCCUCUUCCCAUACAUAUUCCCCUCAUUCAUCUCUACUCUCCAACAUGCCCUCCCUAACAGUAGCAGUCUCCCAAUCCCGCACUCUUUCCACAACCCAUCAAACCCUCGCCGCCCUCGAACGAACCACCCACCUCGCUGCUCGCCGUGGCGUCCACCUUCUCCUUUUCCCAGAAGCCUAUCUAGGCGGGUACCCGCGUACAUGUUCCUUCGGUGCGGCGGUGGGUAGCCGUCACCCUCGCGGGCGUGACCAGUUCCUGGCUUACUUCAAGGACGCGGUUGAUCUGGGUGAUACGCCCGCGGGUGCGGGGCAGGAUUGGGUAGACCGGAGGUUGAGUGUUGCGGUUGGAAAGGCGCAGAGGGGCGAUGGGACCAGGGAGGUAUUGGAGAGGAUCGCGAAGGAGAGUGGUGUUUUUCUGGUCGUGGGUGUCGUGGAGAGGGCUGGAGGUAGUUUGUAUUGUUCCGUUGUUUAUGUCGAGCCUGGACGCGGGGUGUUGGGGAAGAGGAGGAAGGUCAUGCCGACUGGAUCGGAGCGUCUUAUUUGGGCUCAGGGUUCGCCGUCGACACUGCGAGCCGUCACUACUACCAUCAACGGUAUCCCGUUGACCCUCGCCGCGGCGAUUUGCUGGGAAAACUACAUGCCCCUCCUCCGACAGAGCUUAUACUCCCAGAAUGUCAACAUAUAUCUCGCUCCCACGGCAGACGCCCGGGAUACGUGGUUAUCACUGAUGCGCACAGUCGGCCAAGAGGGCCGAUGCUUCGUGUUAUCCGCGAAUCAGUGUGUACGCAGCAAUGAGCUGCCAGACUGGAUCACGGGUCAAACUACAGAAAGCAACUCCUCAGCAUCCGCUAAACCCGUUGCCUCGCCGUCGCAGGUACAAGCAGCAAGCAGCGGGCGAAAGUUAUCAAUUACACCGGAAGGUCCGCAUGAAAUAUGCUGGCCGCAAUGCUCGACACAGGAUACUCAGCCGGUAGCUGAAACCACGACUGCAGUAUCGAAACUUGAAAUCUCCAGUUCAGAGUGUGAGUACGUCUGCCGCGGGGGCAGUUGCAUCAUCUCACCCCUGGGAGAAGUCCUGGCCGGUCCACUGUGGGAAGUUUCUACGGACGAUACGCCGGAUAGUGAGGAGGCCGGUGUUAGUACCGCGCCCCUGGGCAUGUCUGCCGUUGCGGCUGGGGAUGGAUUAGCGAUUGCCAAGAUUGAUUUGGAUGAUUGUGAGAGGGGAAGGUUGGAUUUGGAUGUUGCGGGGAGUUAUUCGAGGAGUGAUGCGUUCAAGUUUAGUGUUGAGGGACUGGAUUUGAGUCCUCCACCUGUAUGAGAGAGACCACCAGAGGAGAGGAUUUCGCUUGUUGGAGAUACUACUAAACCCAAUUUGGAAUAUGUAUGGAAUCGGGAUGCCCGAAGCCAGCUUUGGCAGAGGAACCAUAAUGACUCGUUCUUGA